CCCCAAGGAAUUUCCCUUUCCUUCAGGCCAAUCCUAUAUGUGUUCCUAGUCUGAGAGAGGCCAGGAGAAGAAUGGAGCUACAGGAGAAGAGUGACCUGGGAGAUGGGAGGCUCUAAGUCCUCUUGGCCACUGUGGGCUGGAGGAAGAUGAUGGCCCCAGUGUCUUUCCCAUGGACAAAGCCUAUCCUCUCACAGCAGUCUGGCCCAUCCAAGCACCCUGUCCACCAUUAAGCAAUCACACAUUCUUUUGGGAACCAACUAUGAGACAGGGUCUGUGUGUACCACGUACUGUGUAAUACUUAACGUAUUGGAUUUGCACUGAAAUUACAACACACGUGAGCAGACAGAGCCAUCCUCAUGAAAAAAUACCAAGGCAUAGCAACAUUAUGGAAGAGCUAAUUACUCUUGAAACUUCAAGGGAGGGUAGAAUUCAGACAGGUGAACAGGACAGAAAAGCAAUUCAGAUGCGGCACUGACUGGAUGAAGGCACUGAGACCUGAGGGACCGAGGAAGAGAUAAGUUUCGCUGAAGCUGAAUCUUCUUAGAGGGGAGCAGAGAUAAGAUCAGCUGGAGUGCAGUGGCCAUAAUAGCUCACUGCAGCCUUGAUCUCCUGGGCUCAAGCAAUCCUUCCAUCUCAGCCUCCUGAAUAGCUGAGACUACAGGAACGUGGGGGAAGAUCCUAUGGAACCACAGAACACCACACAGGUAUCAAUGUUUAUCCUCUUAGGGUUUUCACAGACCCAGGAGCUCCAGAAAUUCCUGUUCCUUCUGUUCCUAUUAUUCUAUGUCACCACCAUUGUGGGACACCUCCUUAUCAUGGUCACAGUGACUUUUGACUGCCGGCUCCACACACCCAUGUAUUUUCUGCUCCGAAAUCUAGCUCUCAUAGACCUCUGCUAUUCCACAGUCACCUCUCCAAAGAUGCUGGUGGACUUCCUCCAUGAGACCAAGACAAUCUCCUACCAGGGCUGCAUGGCCCAGAUCUUCUUCUUCCACCUUUUGGGAGGUGGGACUGUCUUUUUUCUCUCAGUCAUGGCCUAUGACCGCUACAUAGCCAUCUCCCAGCCCCUCCGCUGUGUCACCAUCAUGAACACUCAAUUGUGUGUGGGCCUGGUAGUAGUCACCUGGGUGGGGGGUUUUGUCCACUCCAUUGUCCAACCGGCUCUGAUACUUCCACUGCCCUUCUGUGGCCCCAACAUCCUAGAUAACUUCUACUGUGAUGUUCCCCAAGUACCGAGACUUGCCUGCACUGAUACCUCCCUCUUGGAGUUCCUCAUGAUCUCCAACAGUGGGCUGCUAGUUAUCAUCUGGUUCCUCCUCCUUCUGAUCUCUUAUACUGUCAUCCUGGUGAUGCUGAGGUCCCACUCAGGAAAGGCAAGGAGGAAGGCAGCUUCCACCUUCACCACCCACAUCAUCGUGGUGUCCAUGAUCUUCAUUCCCUGUAUCUAUGUCUACACCUGGCCCUUCACCCCAUUCCUCAUGGACAAGGCUGUGUCCAUCAGCUACACGGUCAUGACCCCCAUGCUCAACCCCAUGAUCUACACCCUGAGAAACCAGGACACGAAAGCAGCCAUGAGGAGAUUAGGCAAAUGCCUAGUAAUUUGCAGGGAGUAAACUUUAAGUAAGUUGACUUUAAAUGACAAAUUUCUCUGGAUUUUUAUUUUCCCACAUGAAAAAUGGAGGAAAGUCUUUAUAAAGCAUAACAAAUCAGUUUACACUUAUAUUUCUUGAGGACCUACUGCUGUGUCAAGUACUGUGUUAAGCACUUCCAUGCUUUUUUUUUUUUUCUUUAGAUGUAGUCUUGCUCUGUCACGCAGGCUGGAGUGCAGUGGUGCAGUCUAGGCUCACUGCAACCUCCACCUCCCGGGUUCAAUGAUUCUCCUGCCUCAGCCUCCCACGCAGCUGGGAUUACAGGCACCCGCCACCAAGCCCGGCUAAUUUUUGUAUUCUUAGUAGAGACGGGGUUUCAUCACAAUGACCAGGCUGGUCUCGAACUCCUGACCUCAGGUGAUCCACCCGCCUUGGCCUCCCAAAGUGCUGGGAUUACAGGCAUGAGCCACAGCGCCCGGCCUAACACUUCCACACUUUUAUUUCAUUACUUUUCAUGAAACCGACAGUGGAUGUAUUAUUAUUGUUGUUAAACAGUUUUACAAAUGAGAAAACGCAGAGAGAAGUGAAUUGCUCAAAGGUGAACAGUAAGUGAGUGGCAGAGCUUGCCCUGGAACCUGGUUCUUCUGACUCCAAGUUUAGAGGCAAGAAAUAGGAAUGGGAUUUGAAACUCAGAGUUUCCUGCGACCACAAGAGAAAACCUAGAGAGGUCUUCGCCUAUAGAGAAGUAUCUGUGAUGAAUGGUCAACUUCAUCUUAACUCUGGGACAGUUACAUUCUUUUCUGCUCCCCACCUCCCUGCCUCAUUCCCCACUGUGGAAUUUAGAAAGUUAUCUCGCCCUCUCGUCUCCCCCACAAAAAAUGUUUGAGCCGCCGCUGCCGGGUUGCCAGCGGAGUCGCGCGUCGGGAGCUACGUAGGGCAGGGAACGCAUGGCUUCUGUUUUCGUCCGAAGAGGAGGGGCCAGCGGUGGCGGUCGGGCCGGGUCCGGCGCCUGGGGACGCCGAGGCGGCCGCGGAGGAGCGCCGCGUCAAGGUCUCUAGCCUGCCCUACAGUGUGGACGCGCUCGUGUCCGACAAGAAGCCUCCCAAGUAGGCAUCCCCAAUGCCGGCCGAAAGCGCCUUGGCCGGGGCCACCCUGCGGCUACUGCUGCUGCCGGGGCACGGCGCUCGGGAAGCGCACAGCCCCGGGCCGCUGAUCAAGCCCUUCGAGACCGCCUCGGUCAAGUGGGAAGACUCCCUAAGACGCAGCGGCGUGGAUGCAGGGACCGGCUGAUAUUUGCCGCCGCCAAGACACACGAGCCCUACCACCUGCACCCUGAGAAAACACAAGACCAAUCCGAAGCCCCGCACAGCCUUUACAACGUCCCAGCUCCUCGCUCUGGAGCGCAAGUAGCGCCAGAAACAGUACCUCUCCGUUGCAGAGGGUGCGGACUUCUCCAGCUCUGCGAACCUCACGGAGACUCAGGUCAAAAUCUGGUUCCCGAACCGAAGGGCCAAGGCGAAAAGACUGCAGGAGUCAGAACUGGAAAAGCUGAAAAUGGCUGCAAAACCUAUGCUACCCUCCAGCUUCAGUCUCCCUUUCCCCAUCAGCUCGCCCCUGCAGGCAGCGUCCAUAUACGGAGCAUCCUAUCCGUUCCAUAGACCUGUGCUUCCCAUCCCGCCCGUGGGACUCUAUGCCACGUCAGUGGGAUAUGGUAUGUACCACCUGUCCUAAGAAGGACCAGAUCAAUAGACUCCAUGAUGGAUGUUUGUCUCAAAGGGUUUCCUCUCCCUCUCCAAGAAGGCAGGACCAGCCAAUACUCCUGCUCUGCUAACCCUGCGUGCACCACCGUAAGCGGCUAGGCCGACAGGGCCACACGACAUAAUUGAAAUUUGUUCUUUAGGCGGAGGCACCAAGCCUUGUUUUCUUGCUGUAAUCUUCCAGAUGCCCCCUUCUCCUUUCACAAAGAUUGGCUCUGAUGGUUUUUAUGUAUAAAUAUAUAUAUAUAAUAAAAUAUAAUACAAUACAUUUUUAUACAGUAGACGUAAAAAUUCAAAUUAUUUUAAAAGGCAAAAUUUAUAUACAUAUGUGCUUUUUUCUAUAUAUCACCUUCUUAAAGAGACUGUGUAAGUCCAUUUGUUGUAUUUUCUUAAAGAAGGAGACAAAUUAUUUGCAAAACUUGCCAAAGUCAAUUAUUUUGAUGAGAUUAUUGACUUCUGCUUAUGGAAAACAAAUAUUAGAAUUGGACACAAUGCACAUAUGGAGAGGUUAUUCAAAGUGAAGGGGACACAUCACAUUUCUGCAUUUUACUUGCAUUAAAAGAAACCUUUUUAUAUGCUACCAUAUUUGUUCCUAUCUCUCCCCACCCCCCACCCCCCUCCCACACACACAUUUUUACAGUUUUACCUUUUUGAAGAAUUUUUUUUGUAAGACCAAUAAGCGGGAUGAGAAGAAUCCUGAGAAUGCCUGGAGGUGAGGUAGAAAAUUAGAAAUACUUCCUAAUUCUUCUCAAGGCUGUUGCUUUACUUCAUUUCAGAUAAUUGGAGAGUAAAAAGUUAAAGCCUGUUGGGAGGAGUUGAUAGUUUCUGAGAAAUACUAGGUACAUUCAUCCUCACAGAUUGCAAAGAUGAUUUGGGUGGGGGACAUAGUAAUUUUCUGCUUAAAAUAUGAGUACCUUGUAACCGUUACCUAUAUGCUAAAUAUUCUUGAACAAUUAGUAGAUCCAGAAAGAAAAAAAAUUAUGCUUUCUCUGUGUGUGUACCUGUUGUAUAUGCUAAACUUAUUAGAAAAUUUUAUAUACUUUUUAACAUGUCGAGGGCAGACGAUAAAGCCAUGUUUUGACUUGGUGAAAAUGGAGUUACCAAAACAGCCCAUUAAGCUCCCUGGUAUUUCACCUUCCUCUCCAUCUCUCCCCUCCCUCCAGUAUGCCUUUACCCCUUUGAAAGGGUGCCUUGUACAAUUGUAUAUAUUUUAUUGAAGAGUUAUUAUCUCUUAUUCUGAAUUAAAUUAAACAAUUGUUUUAUUGCAAAAAAAAAGAAGAGAAAGUUACCUCACUUUUAGCAUUGUCUAAAUAGUUCCCCAAAAGGCAUUUGCCCUUUGUUUUUGUUCCAUCUUUACUAAAUACUCUUUGGAUAAUCUUCACAUUGUGCUACUUAGCUGAAAUGGCUUAAAUAUGUCCCCUUCAAAAUUCAGGUAUUGAAAUUUAAUGAUCAAUGUGAUGGUGUUAAGAGGUGAAGCCUUUAAGAGGUGAUUAGGCCAUGAGGAUUCCUCCCUUAUUAAUGGGAUUAAGGCCAUUAUAAAAGAAACUUCAUGCAGCAUUAGGCUCGCUAGCCCUUUGGUCUUCUGCCAUAUGAGGACACAGCAUUCCUCCCCUCUGAAGGAUGCAGCAACAAGGUGCCAUCUUGGAAGCAGAGAACAGCCCUCACCAGAUAACCAAACCUGUUGGAACCUUAAUCUUGGACUGUCAAGCCUCCAGAACUGCAAAAGAAUAAAUUUCUGUUCUUUACAAA